CCUUUUCUUCUACGUUUUGGCAUUUUAAAAAAUCAAGAGUGAUUAAUUUCAGGGAGGAAACAUAACCUUCAACCAACCGAAUAAACAUAUGUAUAUAAAGUAAAGUAUCGAAGAUUGGAAGCUUCAGAAUGGCAGAUGUAAGGGAUAUCUUGGAUAUCGAAGUGCCGACGACUACAGAAUUGACAAAGGAAUCGAUACUUGGCAAUGACAAAAAAAAUCGUAAACGGUAUGAUUACAACAAAGUGCCAAAACGUCCCGAAGGUAUGCACCGUGAGGUGUUCGCGCUUCUCUGCAAGGACAACAACGACGUACCGCCCUUGUUUCCGACGGACACCGCAAAGGGGUACAAACAGGUUCGUGCUAAACUUGGCAUGAAAAAGGUAAGACCAUGGAAGUGGACACCAUUCACUAAUCCAGCGCGCACGGACGGUGCUGUUUUUCAUCACUGGCGUCGUGUUGCCGACGCCGGAAAAGAAUAUCCCUUUGCCAAAUUCAAUAAGAAAGUUCCUAUUCCCACAUACACGAACGCAGAAUAUGUUCAACAUUUGGUUAACUCCAAUUGGACACGGGCAGAGACUGACCAUUUGUUUGAUCUAUGCAGGAGAUUUGAUCUCAGAUUCAUUGUUAUUAAAGACAGAUGGGAUAAUGACAAAUUUCCUAACAGAUCUGUAGAAGACUUGAAAGAAAGGUACUAUCAGGUAUGUGCUGCGUUAACGCGAACAAAAUCCCAUACUGACAAGGUAUAUAUUUUUGAUGCGGAACAUGAGAAGCGCAGAAAGGAACAACUCAAAAAGUUGUUUGAGCGUACUCCUGAACAAGUGGAAGAAGAACAAACCCUACUCUCUGAACUGCGAAAGAUUGAACAAAGGAAAAAAGAAAGAGACAGAAAAACACAAGAUUUGCAAAAGUUGAUUACGGCGGCUGAUCAUCAAGCGGAUCCGAGAAAGAACGAGAGAAAGUCUUCCAAAAAGAAUAGCAGCUCUUCUAGGAACAGACCUAAUAAAACUGAUACUUCUCAUGCGGUUGAAUCAGCUGGAAUUAAAUUUCCUGAUUUUAAAAAUAGCGGCGUUAGUCUUCGUUCUCAAAGAAUCAAAUUACCGAGUAGUCUCGGUCAAAAGAAGAUGAAAGGCAUCGAACAAAUGUUAAAUGAAUUGAAAUUAGAAUUGAAUCCACCACCAACGGAACAAAUAUGUCAACAGUUUAACGAGUUACGUAGUGAUAUAGUUUUACAUUACGAAUUAAGAAGCGCUUUAUCAACGUGUGAUUACGAAUUACAAUCUUUGAGGCACCAAUACGAAGCGCUAGCACCGGGGAAGACUUUAACAAUUCCAGCGGCACUAUUACCAAAAACAGAGCCAGAAGUCAAAACGGAUAUUAUCGAUGUUGUGGGAUCACCCACUAUGCCCAGUAUUACUCAUUAAUUUAAAACACUAUUUAUACAACAUAGGAAUUAAUCAAAUUUAUUCUGUAAAUAUACUGCUCGGAAAAACGAUUUUUUUUUUAUUUCCCACUGCUGCAAAAAAAAAAUCCACGAAACUUUUUAUUUCUUUAAUGUCUUAAAACGAAUUGUUCGCUCACUCUUACAAGUUGCGACGUCGAUCUCGGCGUCGUUCGCAGCGAAAAUCGGUUUUUCUGUCACGUUUAUUCACAAACGACUACUUUUAUUUCAUGCCGUUUGCUGCCAAGCAGCCGAAAAGAUUUUAUAGCCUUUCCCGAGAAAAUAAACAUUCUGCUGAAAUUCUGUUUAAAUGACACAUUCCGAUCCGAAAUCGCGUACCAUAAUGCGCUUAUAUUAUAUGAAGCAAUUUUUUAUACAUACUCUGUAAAGAAAUAAACGAUAUAUAAUUUAAUACGAUUAAA